GUAAUCCAACGGCCAGCAUCUUUCAGCAAUUCGUUUAUAAACAACCUCAAUCAUAAACCCUAGGGGCCUCUGGCACUCUCGCUGCUCCGUCUUCUCUAGAGGUUCCAUUUGUGGUCGCCGUCUGCUUCUUCGACCCUUCACUCAUCAAUCAAGAUGGUUCUUCAGAAUGAUAUUGAUUUGCUUCAUCCACCAGCUGAUCUGGAGAAGAGGAAGCACAAGCUCAAGCGGCUUGUGCAGACCCCAAAUUCUUUCUUCAUGGAUGUCAAAUGCCAGGGAUGUUUCAAUAUAACUACUGUGUUCAGUCACUCGCAAACUGUUGUGGUGUGUGGGAACUGCCAGACAGUGUUGUGCCAGCCUACUGGUGGGCGUGCCAGGCUCACCGAGGGUUGCUCCUUCAGGAGGAAAGGGGACUGAUUCUCCAGCUUAAUACACUUUUGGGUCUUGUUAAUUUAUGUAGAAGAGUGCCCUUGAGCCUUGAUUCAAUGAUGAAAGAAAAGAAAUGGGUGAAUGUUGUUAUUGUGUUACUAUCUAGAAUUGGUUUUUAAAUGACACUGUUUGGAUUUACUUUAAUCAAGUUAGCUGUUCAACAUUAUCAAUGAUUGAUUUCAUCUCCAAAUUUGGUUUGAAGUGA